AUGUCUCGAAUGUGGGAGGUUGAUCCGGAGACGAAGACAAAGCUCCUCCAAAUCUCCAAGACGAACGGAAAUGACAGGUGCUGUGACUGCGGCGCACCCUCGCCUCAAUGGGCUUCCCCAAAGUUCGGCACCUUCAUCUGCCUUAACUGCGCUGGUACACACAGAGGUCUAGGCGUGCACAUCUCCUUCGUGCGAUCGAUUACAAUGGAUGCCUUCAAGCACGCCGAAAUCCAACGCAUGGAACUCGGUGGCAACGAGCCAUGGAAGACCUUCUACGACGAACACACCGUGACUGUAUCGGAAGGCCGCACAUUCGAAGACUCGACGAUUAAAGAGCGAUACGAAAGCGAAACAGGCGAGGAAUGGAAGGAGCGCCUGGCGUGCAAGGUCGACGGCCGCGAAUACGUCCAGGGCCAAGAGAAGAAGAAUAACCCCUCGCGGUCGAGCACGCCGCUGAGCGUCGGUGGUAACAAGUCUACCGGACGAACUGAAUCCCCUGCUGCUUCCUCUAUCCGCUCGGGCGAUAGCAUUCGCGGCCCUACGACCAAGAAAGAGCAGAAUGAGGCUUAUUUCUCGAAACUUGGAAAUGAGAACUCUACGCGCAGCGACGCUCUCCCUCCUUCGCAGGGCGGCAAGUUCACUGGUUUCGGAGGUGGUAUGCCUGAGUCUUCUGCGAAUGACAAGCGCUCUUCUGCCUUCGGGGGCUUUGGGGGCUUUGGCGGUUGGGGAGGAGGUGGUGGCGGCGGUGGUGGAGGACAGCCGUUCGAAGACCUCCAGAAGGACCCCAUGGGAACUAUCACUAAAGGAUUUGGAUGGUUCGCGUCAACAGUCGGCAAAAGCGCAAAGCAGGUCAAUGACUCUUAUCUCCAACCGACUGCCAAGCAGCUAGCUGAAUCCGACUUCGCAGCGCAAGCGCGCAUCCACGCCGCAACCUUCGGCCAGAAUAUGCAAACAGGAGUCCGCGGCGCGGCUGACCAAUUCAACCGCUUCGUCGAAGGCGAAGAUGGCCGCGUAGACGGACAGCGCGCUCGCGUUGAGCCUGAGCGCCGGGAUUUCUGGGAUGAUUUCUCGUCUCUGGGUGAUCAGGAAGCGCCCAAUCACCGCCGUAGUGGAUCUCAGCGCUCUCAGCGGUCUGAUGUUGUUGGCACGGCUGCUAUGCGGAAGGGCCCUGCGGCUUCUUCGUUGGCUAAUUCUACACCUGCUGCUUCUGGAGCGGAGGCUGAUAAGCAUGCACCUUCGGCUACAGGUAAGGGGAAGGAUGAGUGGGAUGAUAACUGGUAG